AUGACCGAAGUCAUUCAGACUCCCUUGGAUAAUAAAUCUACCCCACUCAAAGUCCCUGGCCUCCACGAUCUUCCCAUCAAUGUGUUACUCGCCAAUGAUCAAUUCGCUACAGGGUUGAAUGACUGGCGUGGUCCCAUUCUCACAGUCAAAGAACUGGCCAUUCUAGAUCUAAUCAACACCAUCACCGAUCGACCGAAUUGGCACUGCGCCGUCUUUGACCAGCAAGUUAUCGCUCAAUGGCGAGAAGACGCCGUUGCAUCUUCGUCGCUGAUCAAUGACAAAACGUGGGACUGGUGCUUGCAAGAGUUGCAAGACAAAGCUCGACAGUUUGAACGAGACAGCCGCUUGACCGUCUUCAACACGAGCAGCGGUGUCUAUAAAUCCGAUACGGCAAUCUCUUCCGAUCUGAAGUCACAGCUGUCGAAGUCUGUCGACCUAUUAUCUCAUCAAGCCAUUCGGCAGAAGUCAGAGUCAGCUGUGGUGAAUCUCAUUGACCCAUCGUUGUUUCCUCUUGUCUAUGGGAGAACGAAAAUCAUGGUCGGAGGACAAUCGUGUGGAAUGGACGAGACUUCCUGGUCGUCACGCAGUAAAGAGGGCCCGAUCAUUUCGGAACUCCCACAACUGAUAAAAGAUGGCUCAAACUACUCACUCUACGCUCCCUAUAUUUGGUCCUCGAAAUUUCAGUGGCUGCCAUGUGAAGUGGAUUUCACUGGUUCUCCUGGGUCUACGGAGGUUCGGAUUUCGUCAUACAUCAACAAUCUCCAUCCGACGAACCGCGAGAUGUACUCCGCGAUCGAGGCCGUGAUCACCGGCAGCAUCAAGCAAUGGAACGAGAUUUUGGUUCGUAACAAGUGGAGGGAAGCGAUCGGCCUUUUCCACGGGAAUUUUAUCUCCUGUCCUCGUGAGCCUAUGCGAAUCCGCACUUACGGAGUCGAGUGGAAAGCCCAAUUCCCUGAAUGGGCGAAAAGUUUGCCUUGCAAGGGAGACGAGGGUAAACUCUCCGCGGAGGAAUACGAAGCCAUGUGUGCUCAAGUGGAGGCGUAUCUUCAAGAACCUGAAUCCAAGGAUAAGGUAUACUGGGAUCGGGUCAGAACGGAAAGGAUCCCGGGGGAUUGGAAGGCCAGCUGGGGACUGCUUCGCACAGCUUUGGCCAAGUACGCACGCACAUUCGUCUUUGAGCACUCGGACCCAGGAACCGCGUACUCGUACGAGGACUGGAAAGCAGGGAGGACUGGGAAAGCAAUCGUUGGCCCGGCGCACUUCGAUUACGUUAACACUCCGGAUUUUGAACGGUCUAAACUCAUGAACUCAAGCCCUUGGUUGAUACCCUACGAAUGGAUAUAUGCGCCAAAGGGAGAGGACGCUGACGAUCACCAAUUCUAUACGCUUUCAUUGCAGGAUGAGUUUCGGGAACAGGGUCUCCAGGUUGUCGUCCGGAUCCACAGCAUCGAGCUAGACCCUGAGACGCCAUCCUUCCCCGGCGAAGAGUGGCACACCGAAGGAAAUGCAAACGAACGUAUAGUCGCCAACGCUAUCUACGCGCUUGAUUCAGAAAACGUAUCCGAGCCGCAAAUUUGCUUCCGGCAGCGGUGUAAGAAAGCGGGUACGGGUACCUGGGUCUACGAUCGAAUCGGCGCCGAGGAUUCAGAUGAAGAGGGAAGUGAUUAUGAUGACCUGUACCUAAAGCAUGCCCUAUGGGACGUCAAAUAUAUAGGAAGACUUUUGGGAAGCGAGGAUAUUCAGUAUUCUCCGGCUUGGCAACAGCUCGGGGAGGUGAAGGUGCCUCCGGGCCGCUUGAUCUCCUUCCCCAACGCCUUCCAGCGCCGAAUGGGCCCAUUACAGCUUCAAGACAAGACCAAGCCCGGUCACUGCCGUUUUCUCACUUUGUCUCUUGUUGAUCCGACCUACCGGCUUUGCUCUACGUGGAAUGUUCUACCCCAGCAGACUGAUUGGAUCAGAGGCGAUGGCGCUGAGUCUACGACGCAUAUGGAUCUUGAGGAAGCCUUUGAGCUGAGAGAGGAAUUGGUCAAACAUCACGCCGAGAAGGAGGAGGGCGUCUUUCAGGUUGCUUCAACUCUCACGUUUGCUGGGUUUUCGUGA